AUGAAUUUGCUUAUAUACAGCUGUUUUAACAAAAGUAUUUGCUUUUUUUUAAGAAGAGACUUAUAUUUGAAAAAAAAGAAUUGUACUAAAGUAAGUUUUUUUAAUUAUUUUAAUUCGAAAGAAUGGAAUAGAUACGAGAAAAGGAUACGAAAAAAAAGUAUAAUAUUACAAAAUGAUGCAAUAUCAAAUAAAUUUUAUAUAAAAAAUAAAAUUUUUUGUAAUAAAAAUGUAUUACUACUACCUUUGGAAUAUAAAAACAAUAAACAAUUUCAAAAUUGUACUAUAAAAAUAUGGAAGAGGAAUAAAAAUGGUUAUCAUAUUGGACUAAGGAACAAAAAAGGAAGCAAAAAAAAUAACAAUAAUAAUAAUAAUAAUAAUAAUAAAAGAAAAAAAAUAAAUUUUUUUUCACACGUUGAACCGAUUAAGGAUUUUUUAAAAUUCACAAAAAAAAUCGUAUUAUGUUGCUUUGUAAUAUAUGGUAUAAAUAAUUAUAUAUUUGAUAUGACACUUACAAGUGGAUCUAGUAUGUAUCCGUUAAUUAAUCAGAAUGGAGUUAUAUUAUUUUAUGUAUGUGAUUAUUCUUUAAGAUGGUUUAAUAAUUUAAAGAAAAUAUACUUAUCUAUAUAUAUGAAUAUUUUAUACAAAUGUUAUAAUAUUUUACAAUUACAUUUUGAUUAUGAAUAUACUUCUUAUUUGUAUGAAAUUAUUUACAACAAAAUAAAUAAAUUAAAAAAUAAAAUAAAAAAAUGUCGUCAUAUAUAUAAACGAGGUGAUGUGGUACUAUUAGUAUCUCCUGUAAAUGAAAAAAAAAGAGUGUGUAAAAGAAUUAUUGCUAUAGAAAAUGAUAAAUUGUUUAUUGACAAUUUCCAUUCUUAUGUAGAAAUACCUCCAAAUAAUAUAUGGGUAGAAGGAGAUAAUCAAAUGGAUUCUUAUGAUAGUAGAAAUUAUGGUUCAGUACAUGUUCAGUUAAUAAUUGGUAAAGUAUUCUUUUUAUUAGACCCCUUCAAAGAAUUUGCAUUUGUUAAUUCGGAAAGGAAUUACAAGCCGGACCUCAGGAGAUAUUUACACAUUUCAAAUUGA